GGUUGAAAUUAUAGAUUAUUUAUUAUUUUAAAAUUAUAGGAGAGCUUAGUGAAACAGAAUUCUUCGCUUUCCAACACAGUGAGGAAGCUCAGUAGAGAUGUCUCCAAGUUGGAGGUUUUCAGAAAGGCGCUUAUGCAAUCACUUCAAGAGGACGAUGAAAAAUCCGGAGGAUCACCCAAAAUUGCAGCUAGGUUACAUAGUCAGCCAAGUAUCACUUCCACAUCGCAGCUUGGAGAUGAAGAUGCUUCAUUGCCACCUUCUAGAUCUUCUUCAAUGCGAACCUACACUUCUGAUUCAGGAAAUUAUUCUGCAGAGGAUCGUGAAUCUGAUGGUAGAAAAUCUCAAGUAUCAUCAUCAUCACAUAACAUUCUCUUAGCAUCACAAACUACAACCCCUCGAUUUACUCCUCCUGGUUCACCUCCUAGUGUUUCAGCAUCUGUAUCCCCAACAAGAACAUCUAAACCUGCAUCUCCAAGGCGCCAUGCGGUUUCCCUUUCAAUUGACAGGUCUUCUUCAAUGUUUUCCUCAACUCCUGGAUCAAUGCCAAGCUAUGCAGCCACCGGUUCACAAACGGGGCGAACUCGGGUGGAUGGAAAGGAGUUCUUUCGCCAAGUCAGGAGCCGUUUGUCUUAUGAGCAGUUUGGUGCAUUUUUAGCAAAUGUUAAGGAACUGAAUUCCAAUAAACUAACAAAAGAGGAGACACUAAAGAAAGCUGAUGAGAUAUUUGGGCCAGAAAACAAAGAUCUCUAUACUAUAUUUGAAGGAUUGAUUACUCGCAAUGUUCAUUAAUUUAUCUUAGAUAGAGGAACUUUAAUAAUCACAUAGAAUUAUUCCUACCCUGUAAUACCUGAUUUUUCUCCUGCUUCAGUAUCAUUUUUUAAAUUGAAAUUACAUAUUAAUUAUUAC